AUGGCUCCCACGGACAAGUCCCAGAAGGGCAAGAAGACCCGCUCGGCCCUGAACGAUGUGGUGACUCGUGAGUACACCAUCAACCUGCACAAGCGUAUCCACGACACCGCUUUCAAGAAGCGCGCGCCGAAGGGUGUUAAGGAGGUGAUCAAGUUCGCCCAGAAGACCAUGGGCACCCAGGACGUCCGCGUCGACCCCAAGCUCAACCAGGAGGUUUGGAAGCUCGGUGUCAAGGACGCCCCCCGCCGUAUCCGCGUGCGCCUCGAGCGCAAGCGUAACGACGACGAGGAUGCCAAGGAGAAGCUCUACACUUACGCCACCCCGGUGCUGGGCAUUACCAACUUCCACGGCCUCCAGACCGUUGUCAUUGAGCAGGACGAGUAA